AUGGUCUCUUCCACCAGACCAAGAACCCCCAGUUCUAAAAGCUCUCCGCCAGCAGAAACCAAGCUGGAUGCAAUCCCAGAGGCUUCAAAAGCACAUCCCCCUCGCCGCUCCUCCCUCGGUCUCCUCUUGCGCAGGUCGAAAUCCGGCGAACUGAAGCCAAGCAAGAAACAACAGGCAAUCGCGAAGGAACAAGAAGCCGAGAGGCUACGUCGCGAAGCUGCUGCCGUAUCAAAAUCACCACCCCGCCUGCCAGACUUAUACAACGGCCAGAAGCCCGCAAAUCUUCCAUUCGGCGGCGAGGAUCGUCCUGACUCGGUUGCAAUCAUGUCCGGCAGAGCUGGUGGAUACGCUGGUCGUUCGUCGAUGGAGCCGGGGCGCUCAUCUGCGGCGACUGGCAGCGUACCAAUUCCUCCGAUUCCAUCGAACGGAGCUCGAGGUAGCGAUUAUGUCGAUCCAUACGCUCGAACUGAGAGCAUGACGCACCGUGGAAGAUAUAGCUAUGCUAGCAGCGCAGUUAGCACCAUCAACAGCCCGCGCAGAGUGAGGAGACGGAAGGACCCAACACCCUUCAACAUUCUCAUCAUCGGCGCCCGUUCAUCUGGCAAAACUUCUUUCCUCAACUUCCUCAAGACUUCACUCGCCCUCCCACCGAAAAAGAGGGGUACUAGACCUGCCGAACUCGCGGACGAUAUAUUUGCACCACAAAACUCCAAGUCCGGCAACUUUGAAUCACAUUAUUUGGAAACCGAAAUCGAUGGCGAGCGCAUUGGACUAACACUUUGGGAUUCGGAGGGUUUGGAUCAGAAUAUUGUUGAUCUCCAACUCAGGGAGAUGUCGUCUUUCCUCGAGAGCAAGUUUGAGGAGACGUUCACGGAGGAGAUGAAGGUCAUUCGAGCACCAGGUGUUCAAGAUACCCACAUCCAUUGUGUAUUUCUUCUCCUCGAUCCUCUUCGUCUUGACGGAAAUAUCGCUGCGUCGAAGAAGGCCUCUUCGAAUGGCAACGGGAAUGGAAUGAAUGGGAAGUAUUCGUCUGCGUCUCGUAUCAUCGGUGGUCUGGAUGAGGAUCUGGACCUUCAGAUUCUGCGUACAUUGCAGGGCAAGACAACGGUCGUCCCUGUUAUUUCGAAGGCGGAUACCAUCACCACAGCCCACAUGACAUACCUGAAGAAGACCGUCUGGGACAGCUUGCGCCAAGCCAAUCUGGACCCUCUUGAAGCACUCGGACUCGACGAUUUCGAAGGUGAUAGCCCAAGAAAUUCAAGCCGCAUCGACGAGCAAGACGAGGAUGCAGCUUCAGAUGGGGGCAGGAGCUCUGGCGACGACCUUCCAAUCCAAUCUCCUGAAACUUCCUCAACUCCUAAGUCGAAGAGACUCUCAUCCGGAUCCGUUCAAAGACACAAGGCAAUGAACGAUGAGGCCGAUGGUGCAGAGGUCCCCUACCUCCCCCUCUCAAUAAUCAGCCCAGACAUCUAUGAGCCUGGAGUAAUUGGCAGGAAAUUCCCUUGGGGGUUUGCAGAUCCUAUGGACAUCGAACAUUGCGACUUCGUCCGGCUGAAGGAUGCCGUGUUCAGCGAGUGGAGAGGGGAACUCAGAGAAGCAAGCCGAGAGCUCUGGUACGAAGGAUGGAGAACAAGCAGACUCAAGCAUCGCGAGGUUAAGCCAAAACGAUGA